ACCAGAAGAAGAGGGGAAUAUGGGUAUUUCCGUAUUGAUUGGGUUGAAGGCAAUUGUUCUGUUGUUGGUGUUUGCUUAUCUGAGAGCUUUGGGCUUCAUCUUCUUGUCACUUCCCUUCUUAUAUGCUUCUUUAGUAGCUCUUUUGGUUUCCGUUGCUUCUCACCCAGCCAUCAAUCUUCCCAUGCUCUUGGGGAAGAGAUCUGACGGGAGCUUUCCCAUUUGGUCCAUGGUUAUGUUUGGCUCAUAUUUGUAUUUUGUUCGUUUCUUCUCGUUCUUGCGGAGAAUGUGGAGUAGGGAACCGCCCUAUAGUGAAAUUUGUGAGGGUUUAUUCGUCGGAGGAUGGCCUUUUUCAUUGGAUAAAUUGCCUCCUGGUGAUCCUGCCAUUAUUGAUUGCACUUCUGAGCUCCCAAGAAGUACAGCUCUCUCGAAGAAUGCUUAUCUUUGUGUUCCAACGUGGGAUACAAGGGCUCCUCAACCUGCUGAAAUCGAGUCUGCUGUUCAGUGGGCUUGUAGAAAGAGAGAUCAGAAAAGACCAAUCUUCAUUCACUGUGCUUAUGGUCAUGGGAGAAGUGUUGCAGUGAUGUGCGCUCUCCUAGUUGCAAUAGGUGUGGCUGAAGACUGGAAAAAUGCUGAGAAGAUCAUCCGAGAACGAAGGCCUUACAUUUCCAUGAAUGCUCUCCACCGCAAAAGCCUAGAAGAAUGGUCAAAACACCGCCUCCUUCCUAAAAGGAACAUAGGAUCUGAUGUCAGUUCUGUAAUUCUGUCUGGUGCUUCAGGAAGCUCACAAUUCAAGUCAUAAGACAAAUGCUAACUGACAUUCUUAGGAAAAAAGGGCCCUUUGGGAACCAAAAUCUUCUGGAUUUGCUUAAUAACUUUUGUUUUAUGUGUU